AUGGAGUCCAACCGGAAGCGCCGAGGAUUCAUCAAGUCCAAGCUGGCACCGUUCUACCGAGCAGCCAAGCCAGCAGUACCAGCGAUGCUGUACACCAAGAGUGUGAAGCCGAACAAGGCUUCCACUACCACAGCUUCAUUCAGCUUUCGAGUUCACCAGGACUACAAAGUUUCGAAACCGAAGCAGGUUUCAGUUUUCAUACCUGCUGAUAAGAAGCAAGAAAAUUUAGGCCAGAUUGACACCUUCUUCGGCUUUGCUGGUGAUGAAGCUGUUGAUAUUAAAGCUGCAACUUACAUCUCUUCGGUUCAAGAACGUUUCAAGCUUGAACGAAAUGACUCUGAACGAGUUAAGCUUCAAGAGACUCAUUAG